AUGCUUCAUAGGUUCUUUGCUGCUCGAUUAAAAUUGCCUGAGAUUGGAGGGCUCAGGUAUGAGAUCGAAACGCUCUACAAAAAGAACAUGCAAACACCAGAUGAAACAAGGGUGGAUGACAAUGGCUGGGACUUGCGGAAAAUGUUGAGAUUCAUCAAGCGCAAAGCCAAUCGUGAUGACCCUUCAACUGAGUUCGAUUUCCAAGAGAUGAUCUUGAUUGUCAAACCGGAGCUUGAGGCGGCCGUCAACGAAAUCAGGGCCAAGCAGAAAGCGAAGAACCUGUCCGACGAGGAGGACGAAGAAGAUGAUGACAAUGCUUCUAUGGCAUCUACUGAGCCAGGGGAUCCCGAAAAUGUUGACCCCCUUCCGAGUGAAGAUCCACCAGCUCCUCCUGCUGAAGCCCCCUCGGCGCCUUCACCUGAGCAAGCUGCGCCAGCUUUGCCAGCCACAGCGCCAAGUACGGAGCCUGCGGGAUCAAAAGCGGGGCUUCAGCGGUUGAAGGCUGUCAAACCAGACGUGCAGAAGAACCUUGCUCCUUCCUUUGAUCGUGCAGUCAAAGCCGGCAAAGCAGGAUCCCCACAGGUUCCAAUGGACAAUGUUGACACACAGCCCAUUGAUGUCAUGGAGAUGCCUGCCCCAUCAAAGAGGCGCCGUACUAAGAAACGAUCUACCAGCAUUGCCAACAGCAAGUCGACCAUCGACUUCUCAGAGCCCAUGGCCACGCCUUCGCAGUCUCCGGAUGAAGUCGUUGAUGUCAAGGCCCUGGCAAGAGGUGGUGACCAGAAGGAACUAGCUCGCCAUCAAGCGCGCACCACCCAAAGCACGCAGUGGAAAGGGCCGUGGCAGAGGCCGUGGCAGAAAGAUGAAGAAGUUUCGGAGGCUGACCCUGUAGAAGAGGAAGAACACGUGACCAAGACAACAAGAGGCAAGUCAAAAGGUAAAUCAGAGGCUCAGUCUAGCAAGGCACCCAAGGAGCCCAAGGCACCCAAGGAACCCAGCAAGGCAGCCAAGAAGCCCAGCAAGGCACCCAAGGAGCCCAAGGCACCCAAGGAGCCCAAGGCAAAGAAGGCAUCCAAAGCAAACAAGGCAGGCAAUGAAGAGGAAACGACCAAACCGAAGAAGCGAAAGGCCAAACAAAACAAUGAGGAUGCUGAGGCUGAGGCUGACACAGCUGUUCCGACGGUAGCCAAGAAACCCAGGAAGUCACGCAGUGCAGCCCACCCCCCACCCAGCUCCAAGCAUGAGUUUGUGGGAGAUUCCCGUGUUCACAUGGUGAAUUUCAUCAAGAAGGUGGACUUGGGACUGGAGCUGGACGGGUUCAAGGAGAAUGUCCGCAUGAUUUGUGGUGAUAUGGGGAGGGCCAGUUUGAACUCCUAUUGGACUAGAUACUCGUGUGUUCUCCGGUGGCGCACUGGAAGGAAUGUCAAGGACGUUGCAUUCUUUUCUUUCCUCGGGAAGAGCAUCCCCGGAUCUCGUGAGAUGAAAAGGUUGGCGAGACUGCUCAACAGCCAGCUUGCCAACAACGUGACAGAGGACCAGAUCAACAUGAUGGAGGAACAGCUCAAGGAUUUCCUGAUAAUUGUGGUGCUCAUCUACUUCACCAAUGGCCUGUACAACCUUGAAGAGGCGCCUCCUGCUGAUUCUGGCGAAGAUGUUGUGGAUGCCCCAGCAUCACCUGAGCCGUCCACAACAACCCCAGCCUCAACUUCCAGGGAUUCUGAGCCCACACCGACUCCUGAAGAACCGGCCAUGGCCAAAGAUGACGAAUGCAUGGGGCCAAUUGGAGCGGAUGGCUACAUGGACAUGGGGGAUGAUGUAUCAGUGAAUGACCUGUCAGCCUCACUGGCGUUGGCUCUUGGUCCAGAGAUCAAGGAGGAACCCGACGAGGAUGACACUGACGAAAACAUGGAAGAUAAGAACCCACCCCAUGGUGAGAACACUUCCAGUGACCGUUCACGACGAACAAUCCAUGGGAAGAAACGAAUUCUGACCCGUCGGGAACCUUUGUUUGAAUUGUUGCGGAAUGCGGCAAAGGCACGCAUUCGCCGCAUGAUUUCCACGAAGAAGAAGAGAACAGACCUGUCAGUCCCAUCUUGGAUUGGGGAUGAGUGGAACAAGGGUACCAAGGAAAGGGAACAAAUGGCCCUGUGCCUACAAGAGGUGAACUGGAACAAGGACAAGUUUGUGGACGAGAUGCAGCGCAUCAUAACUUCUCGCAAGAGAGUCAGCAUCAAGAAGGACCAAGGUUGGUACUCAGAAGCGGAGAUGAAGUCAGAUUUGAAGUGGUCCCAGGGCCGCAUUGCUGCAGCGAAAGCUUAUUGCGGUGCCAAAGAACGAGCUGACAAUCACGUGAGGAAGAACAUGUACGACGGGGUGACUGAGUUUUGGAUCACCACUCGUGAGACAGGGUCCUACGAGGAGGAGCAUGAACUGCAAGAGACGAAGAAGUCAACCAGUAAGGCUGAUGGUCCAGUGGAAAUCGCUGCUGGUACCUUUGACGGAAUCCAGAACAUGAUGACCAAUGGUGGUGGGGGCCCGGCUACUGCUCCAUCCAGUUCUGACACUGACAAGGGCAAUGGAAACAACCAGACACCCCAUACGGCGGACCAGGACUGA